AUGUGCUCAAACGUUAAUAAUUUUGUUAGGCUGGUGGUUAUACUGUGUUUGGUUCUAGAGAUCUCAACCAAAUUUGAAUGGACAAAUAUAAAAUGCUCUACUCUGGAUAAUAGUUUUUGCACAAUUGAAUAUUGCUACAUAAAACCAAUAAAUCGAACCUAUAAAUAUGUUUCCCUUAAAGUGAACCUGUUGAAAACUCCUGUUACUAAAAUAAACUUUGCAGUGUAUAAAUGGGCCAAUGGAUACCUGCCAUUUUUAUAUAAUUUAACAGUGGAUUCAUGUCGUUUCCUAAAAAACACAGAUGCGAACCCAAUCGCAAAGUUCUUUUACGAACUUAUUAAGUCUCACUCCAAUAUGAAUCAUACAUGCCCAUACGAUCAUGAUGUUAUCAUCGAUAAGUUAUCCACAGAUUUCUUGAGUAACCAAUUCACAAACGUUCUGCCAGUUCCUGAAGGGAAAUAUAUGGUCAAGUCCAACGUGUUUGCUUAUGACAUUCUUCGAGCCCGCGUUGAUGUCUACGGAACUAUUUCUUAA